CUAUAUGAAUGUAUAUCUAUGAAUCUGCUUCGGGAAGUGGGCGGUACCAUUUUCUAGCUUUCAUUUGGUCCGUUGGGUGUUACAGCAGAACAUUCCAGAUUCACAGCUUUUCAGAAGUGAGCAUCUGCACUGCUAACUUGAAAACCCAUUUUUGCUCCUGCACUCUGGAACAGUUUGAAGCUUCUUCUGUUCUGCCUGGUUGUGGCUGCGAGUGAAUAUGGCAAGUGAACGUCAAGAUGUGGACAAAGAGUUUGAAGAGUGGAAAGAAGAACAUGGGAAGAAGUACAAAUCCAAGGAGGAGGAAGCCAAGCGCAAGAAGAUCUGGCUAGAGUCUAGGACCAGAGUCAUAGAACACAACAAGAAAUAUGACAGUGGAGAGUCAACCUACGAAUGUGGCAUGAACCACAUGUCUGACUUGGAAAUGCAUGAGGUCUGCUGUGGUGGCAUGAGGAGCUGUCGGGAAGAGAAGAAUGAUAGUUAGAUCUCAAAGUUUCUGUCUUCCUGCUUUCUGACAUAGAAACAACACGAGGUCUGUGGCUGCAUGAUGAAUACGAAGGUCCAAAUGCUUGUUUUUACAACAAGACGACAUUGUAAUGUGAAGGAAAUAUACACAAAAUAAGAAAGAAAUAGUUUACCAAACCUUUGAACUUUACACAUUUAAUUUACAGUAAAUAAAGUUGAAAGGCAGCUUUA